UCGUAUAGCGGACGCACGGGUUUGUGGUUGUUCUCAAGUAACAUAUAUAUUUAUAUGUGUAUAAGUGGAAAAGUGAAGUAGGUGCAAUAGUUACGCACAUUACUGGCCUCGCGCGUUUCCAAGCACCAAACAUAUGUAUCUGUUCCAAUGUUGGGCUACACAUCCUACAGUGUGUCGUGUUUCAGGGAGUGGUCGCCGGCGGGCGCCACACAGCAACAGCUGUCUGUGGUGACCACCGUGUGGGGAGUGACUACCUCGACGCAGUCCGGUCCCCACAACAACUUCCCGGUUAGCGGUGGCACCGUGGCGGCAGGGGGCGUCGGGCCAGGUGGCGGGGGUUACGCUCAACAAGGAGCUCCAAACAAGCAGGGCACUCCAUUUACAGGGACUGGAUACCGACAGGGCGUACCGCCGGGCGGUGUCGGCGGAGGGUAUGGAGGUCCUCAAUCCACUGGCGGGGGGAUGAACGCCGGGGGAGGCGGGACCGGAGGGGGCCCGGGCAAUCCGGGGGUGCAAGAGGGUGGUGGACCUCAACAAUACCAUCCUUCCCCUUCGGCAUUGAGUGCUGCGGCAAUGGUAGCCGCCGCCACGGCCACCGCCACCGCGACGGCAAGCGUCGUGGCGCUUCAGGAACGACAAGAGAUGAAUUCACAGUUCAGCCAGAUGCAAAAUGUACCUCAACAUGGAAUGUCUGCUCAGCAGUACGGAAACACUUACGGAGGUCAGCGGGGACAUGGGCCUAUGGGCAUUGGAAACCCAAACACUGCAAUGACAACCAUGGGAAACAUGGGCAUGGGAUCAAUUGGAGGAGGCAUGAAUGGCAUGAACCCCAUGAACUCGAUGGCUAACAUGGGGAUGAUGGGGCAGAAUGCAGGAAUGCAUGGGAACAUAAUGGGAGGAAUGGGACCAGGUUCUAUGGGUCCAGGGUCAAUGGUUCCUGGAUCAAUGCCAAUGAACAAGAUGGGAAUGCAGGGUCCGGGACCUCAAGUGUACCCACGUAGAUUGGCUCCGUACCCCAGCCCUGCAAUGCAUAUGUCACAAAAACGGCAUCCGCAGGGUUAUCCCAACCCAGGGCCAGGGCCCACAGUGCAGCCUGGCUUCUCACCUGCAGGAGGACCUCAGUAUCCAGCUGGGUAUGGCAAUGGUAGGCCCACUUUCCAGACACAGUAUCCUCCACAGCAAGCAAUGGGCCCAUCAGGAACAUUUGGUCCUGGUGCGGGAGUACGUGGAAAUACAGUUGGAAUGCGCCAAACAACACCACCUUACACUGCCAGUGGACAGACAGGUCACCAGUAUUUUGGGGCUGGUGGAAUGCCCACAGGAGCAAUGGCAGCUCAUCACAAUGGAGGAUCAGGAGGUGCACAGUUUCCUCCUCACCACCAAGCAGGGAGCACCCCUCAAUAUGGAAAUGCAGCUGGGGCUGCUCAGUAUGGUGGUGCAGGCAGUCAGUUCCAGCAAGAUGUUAACGCCAUGAGAAACAACAUCAGCUAUCAGCACAGUCCCAUUCCUGGCAACCCCACCCCUCCUCUCACCCCUGCCAGCAGUAUGCCCCCUUACAUCAGUCCCAACCCUGAUGUUAAACCCAACUUUGCUGAGCUCAAACCACCUUUACCAAUACAAAAAGAUGAUGAAUUACGUCUGACAUUUCCUGUGCGUGAUGGCAUCAUCUUACCUCCAUUCCGCCUCGAACAUAAUUUGGCGGUUAGCAACCAUGUCUUCCAGCUCAAACCCACCGUUCACCAAACUCUUAUGUGGAGGUCUGAUCUUGAACUUCAGUUGAAGUGUUUCCAUCAUGAAGAUCGCCAGAUGAACACCAAUUGGCCGGCAAGUGUCCAAGUAUCUGUUAAUGCAACACCAUUGAGUAUUGAUCGUGGUGAAAAUAAAACUUCACAUAAGCCUCUUUACCUGAAGGAGGUGUGCCAACCUGGUCGAAAUACCAUCCAGAUCACUGUUUCAGCUUGUUGCUGUUCUCACCUGUUUGUGUUGCAACUGGUACAUCGACCAAGUGUGAGAAGUGUACUGCAAGGUCUACUGAGGAAACGCUUACUCACAGCCGACCACUGUAUCUCCAAGAUCAAGCGCAACUUCAGUAACACAGCCUCAUCUGGUGGAGGCAUGGGCACAGACAGAGAUGGUGUUGAGCAAACAGCGCUUAAGGUAUCACUGAAAUGUCCCAUUACGUUCAAGAGGAUUACCCUUCCUGCGAGAGGCCAUGAAUGUAAACACAUUCAGUGCUUUGAUCUGGAAUCUUACCUGCAACUCAAUUGUGAACGAGGGUCUUGGAGAUGUCCUGUGUGCAAUAAGCCUGCACAGCUGGAAGGUCUUGAAGUUGACCAGUAUAUGUGGGGAAUUCUGAACACACUCAAUAGCUCAGAAGUUGAAGAAGUCACAAUCGAUUCCUCUGCCAAUUGGAAACCUGCCAAGAGUAUACAGGGGAUUAAGACGGAGGAUGACAGUGAUUCAUGUGGAGCAAAACGUCUUAACAAGGCAAUGUCUCCAGGCAGCAUGACUCUCCCCACCAUGAACAACUGGGACAUGAACCAAGCCAUGUCUCCAUACAUUCCUCCUGAUAUGAACAGCAUUGCAAGUGGUUCCAUGAUGAAUAGUGGCCCUCCACCUUACACUGCCAGUGGAAUGGGACGAGGCACCUCGUAUGACUUCAGCACAGGCUCUAAUCCGGGGAGUAAUGAGUAUGCCGGUGGUGGGGGUCCACUGUCACAUCUCAGUGAGUCAGUGAACUCUCUUGAUCCAUUAAAUGCAAUGGAGAAGACUUUGAAUGAGCAGAUGCCACAUACUCCUCAUACCCCUCACACGCCACACACACCCCACACACCUGGAGGGACACCUGGAAGUGCUCAUACACCAGGAGGAGGUAACAGUGGCCCUCCAAGUGUACCUCCUGCCAGCUCAGGUGAAGGUGGUAAUGUUGGCAGCAGUGCUUCAGGCCCUGGAAGCAGUAACAAUAGCAACCAUGGUAAUGCAAGUGGCAGUACUGCUAAUGCAAAUAAUGCAACAACUGACACUCCUGAAAUCCCAUCUGAUCUCAACUUUGAUCCUGCGGCUGUUAUUGAUGGAGAAGGCCAAGGUCAGGAGGGGCUCAAUUUGCUGCCUGACAAUGUGGUAGACCCCAUGGAACUGCUGUCAUACCUAGAUCCACCUGACUUGGCAACUCCUCCCUCUAGUGGUGCCAGUAGCAACGGUAACAAUGGCACGCCAGGCAAUACCACCAGUGAUGACAUUCUUGCUCUUUUUGAGUGACUUUUUUAAAGCGUACAAAACUCCUGUUCCCCCAGCGUUCCUUUUAUAUUUUAAGUAAAGACAAUGGUGAAACUGCAAACAAAUGACAAAGGUAUAUAAUGUUUUAUUAUGCAGUGUAUGCAAGUGUAAAAGCAGAUUUGUACAAAGAGUUAUUAUGCAGUGUUCCUCAUCUCCACAUAUUACUUGUGGUUAUCAAAGUGACUAUACUGCAAUCGCUGGAGUGACUAUUCUAAAAUGAGACUGCAGCGAGACUAUUGACAUAUUCACCAGCGUUCCUAUUGUCAUAAAUUAUGAUGGUGCGACAUGCCAACACCAAUGAUAAAAACUGUUAUCACAGUUAUAGUGAUAUUUUAAAAACUUGUUCCUUUUACUGAAAACUAUUCAAAUUGAAGGUGCAUAUAGAAAUGUUCACCAGAAGUUGAAUUAUUGCGCCGAUGUUAGUAAUAAAUUUGUAUUUGUGUGUGAAAGUAGAGAGAAAGUUACCGAGCAUAUGAAUGUGGUAUUAGUGUCAUGGAAUCUUUUUAAUAGAUGAAUGACUGGCUGAUGUCAAGAAGAGGCAUGGUUUAAUAUGAGAAUCUGUGAAAUUGCAGUGUACUCUGUCUAAACAGUAGAGGCACUCAUCUGUGGAAGUGAAUUGGUUGUGUUCAUUGUAUUACUUGGAGAAAGAAAAUGGUAUGAAUAUAAUAUUACUUAAGGAAGGUGGAAUGGAUUGUGAUUUUUCAAGGUGAUGGUGUUUUGUGAUUGUUCAAUCAAUGCACGCGACCAAAGCAGUAACAUUUUAUGUAUUAUGAAAUGGUAUAGACAUAUACUUGGAUGUAAGCUGGAUUCAGCGUAGUUUCAAGUAAGCAUCCAAAAUCUCAGCAACAUUUCUUUUCUUCAUUCUAUUGAAGACUAUUCAUGUACAAAAAUUCAAGCCAGGAUAUAUAUGCAGUCCACACAAUUAAUUUAUGUGGAGUAAUAGAGAGAGAAAACUGAACAAAGCUAUGUAUGUGUAUUUAUUGUACAUAUAGAAAUACUAUGGCAGACAGUAAUUAUUGGCGGCCAGUUUAGAAUUAGUAAUACUGUAAUGAUAAGUAUAUAUUUUAUCUGUCAUCGGAACCAAACUUGUAUAAAUAACAACCAUAUUAUCUUAGUUACACACAUGCCACCGUACAUACACGCAAACCUGCAUGACUGAAUCUAAUUAUGUAAUGUCUCAGUGUAUUACGGCUUUAAAAGUAUUAUUAGUGAGGUGCACAAAAACCUGUAAUUAUGUACGUAGAUGAGCAUUAUACCUGCUAAUAAUGACAUGGAGAAGGCGUGAACAAAUUCCUGAAUUAAGUAUUUAUUAAUUAAUUAAUGAAAAUUUGGGAAGAACUACAUAAAUAAUUAACCCCUUGAAUCAAGUUUUUUGUACUGUUGCGCAACAUGUGAUAUUAUGGUUGUUAUAUAAUAAUCAGUUGCCUUGAAUGUACCAGUGAGUCAAUCUGUUUGUUAUAUCAAAUUCAAAACAGUAUAUGUUUCUGUCUCACUGACCACCUUCAAGUGUAUACGUGUAAUAUCACAAAUAUAUUACACUUUUGCUGAAUACAUAACCAAAAUGGAUCAAUUUUUGACAGUAUAGUUAAGUUUCAUAAAAGUUUCCUGGUUGGUGUUGUAAAAAGUGAAGUUGUAAAAACAGAUGAAAUAUAUGUAUACAAGUCAUAAAUGUACUGGAUAGUAUUUUGAGUGGUUUAUUCAUUUUUUUAUGUGGAUUUUUGGUAUUAUUCCUAUGUACAUGUGUGUAGCGUGGUUGUAGAUAGGGUUACGGCUGAUAUUUUUAGAAGAUCUCUAUGUUCACAUGUUUAUAGCCUGUUUCCAGUGUAGCUUGUAUGGGAAGUGUUAAGUGACACCCUCAGCGCACAAUGCAGUCACUAUACAAGCUACACUGAGAACACACUACAAACAGGUAACAAUUCAGUACUAUAUAACACACAACACUGAAUUAGUAUCUAAAGAUAUAAUUUUUACAUCACUUCUACAUCAAAGUUGCAUGACAGUAUAUUUUAUAUUUCAGGAAAUUCAGCCCACAUAAAAGCAACCACAGCACAUAUACAUCCCCUACACAUUAGAUACCCAUAUUCAUAGUAAGCAUACCACACACACACAUAUAUAUAUAUAUAAUCUACCAGCACCAGUAGCACAUGAACAAAGUGAAACAGCAUCUCCAUCUCAUCCACUUCUCAUCGCAGGAAAUCAAAAGCAUACUGAUCCACAAUGGCAUAUAUCCAGUACUGCAACAUUGCAUUACUACAUAUUAACAUCCACACACCCAUAUGUAAGUAAAGAAAAACCACAGAGACCUAAAAUACUACCACAAGAAUAGUAUUCCAUAAACCUUCUUCCUAUGUAUUGCAGAUACACAUAGGCAAGUCACAAGUGAACACGGAGAUCUUUGAAACAUAAUCAGUGGUAACGCUACCCGCAUCCACGCUAUGGACACAUAUAUAGGAAUAAUACCAAAAUCCACAUAAAAAUAUGAAUAGACCACUCAAAAUACCACCCAGUAUAUUCACGACUUGUAUAUAUAUCUUUUAUCUGUUUUUACAACUUUACAAACUGUAGAUUUCACAUUAUACAACACCAAUUAGGAAACUCUUAGGAAACCUAACUAUACAGUCCAAAAGUGGAUCCAUUUUAAGGUACACAUUCAGCAAAAGUGUAAUAUAUUUGUGAUAUUACAUGUAUGCACCUGAAGGUAGUCAGCAAGACAGAAAAUGUACUCUUUUCAAUUUGAUGUAACAAACAGAUUGACACAUCAGAACAUCCCAUGCAAUCACUUAUUACAUAAUGGCCAAAAUAUCAUGUGUCGUAUGACAGUACAGAAACCUUGACUGUAUAUUCACAACAGGAUGCAAAGCUUAAAAAUAACCCUUUGAAGCCUGAAAUUAAUCUAAAUAAUAUUUUUAAAAGUAAGUUCCUACCUCGCAGAAAAUGCACUGCAUCUUCAUUACAAAGACCAAUUUGUUAAUACUGUUUAGGAAAUAAUAUUUAUUCUUAAAAUUAUACAAAAGACAUAAAUACACUGUUUGGACAAAAUGAAGAGUUUUGAAUGCUAGAGAUGGUGGUAUAUAUAGUAACCACUGUACUUUAAAGGGUUAACUUAAAAAUGUUUUAAUAUUCUGGAUAUUUGUUACAUUUAAUAUGUCUGAACAUAUCCAGUUUGAAGUUUACAGGAACUUGGCUGGUUUCAUAAUGGGAAUAGGAUAAUAAUUAUUGAUGCAUCAAGCUGGGUACCUACAACUGAAUCUCUUUAAAAAGGGGGCAGAGAUGCUGGAAGUAAUGGCAAUGCUCGUCUGCGUAUUGCAAAAACGCAAUAGUAGAAAGCACUGCAUACGUGGUGGCGACAUUUGGCAAUCUAUUGUGAAAACACACACACUUAUUAAUUGUAUGUAUUUCCCAUCAUCCCCUAUGACAAGUAGUAUUUCAGUAUUCUUGACAUAUUGUAGUCUUCUUUGAGCCAGUAGGACAUGUAUUAGUGUUUGUACAAGGGGAAGUGAACAGAAGCACAGUACAAACAAAUGUUAUCUGUAAAAAUAUUGAUUGCCAGGCAGUGGUAUUCAUUUUUAAUGUGGCAUGGUACCAACCCUGCUGCCAGAUGUAGUGUUAAAGUCUAGAGUUCACAUUGUUUUGAUUUGUAAAAUAUGAAUUUGCAUAUGUAACAGAUUUUAAUUGGCUUGAAGUGUUAAUGAAUAUCAAUUUUAAAUUGCUGUAGGAAUUAAUAUAGGAAGGAGGAAGUGGAAGUGUAAAAACUUCUAUGACAGUAAUUUGUUAUCACUGGGAACUUUAGAUAUUUUGAAACUGACAUCUGGUUGCAGAAUUGUAGUGCUUAACAAAUUAACAAGAAGAGUGAUAAAUUUUGGUAUGGUAUCAUGUCUGAUAGAUAAUUUCUUAUUUGAAUUCUUCACUAUUUCUGUUAAUUUUAUGAAAGUAUUUUGUUUCUUGAUUAGUCUGUUGCGCUGUACAUGAGAGAGGCCAUUGUAAUCCAUGGUAAUGCAAGUGAAUUUCCACUGCAGAAACCUGACAUGAUCCAUGGCAUAAAUUGCAAGAAGAUCAAAGUCUGGUUGAGGAUAGAUAUGUAAGACAUGUUUGGUAGCUGGGGACUCAUGUCAGUGUGCAAGUAUGGCUGUGUUCUUGAACUAAAUACAAUCAAAAUAUCAUAACUUCUUUAUAUGGUAUGUAGUGUUAUUUAUGUAAAAUUGAAUUGAAAACUAUAAAUUUGGGCAAUAAAAAACAUAGUAGAUUUGACCUCUUUGGCCUGUUUGUUAUCUAUGGAGUAACUUAGCUUUAAAAUGCUGAAUUUGAAUGGAGGAACAACAGAGCUUUAAUAAAAGUGUAGGUGGGUUGGCUGAAAUUAAAUUUUAUUUCUUAAGUGACUGUUGUUGAUUCUGAUGUAAUCUUUACUGAUGUUAUACACACUCAUUGCACCCGUUUGCAUGGUCAUUGUAAAAGAGCAGUAAGACCAUGCUCUGAGAGAAACUAGUUCUAAAACAUAUAUUCCAAUUCUGUUGAAAAAUGAUCUGAGGAUAGAGAUGUUUCUGGUUCCUGACACGAAACAUUUCAGUGAUUGUUAGGUCAAAAUUAACUGCCCUGCAAUUUUGAUUUUCUACUGCCCGUAGAAUGUGAUGCUUGUAUGUAUGUGCAUGCGCAUGUGUGUGGUGGUUGUUUUGUAUUACAAUUUGAACGUAUACAUUUGUACUCAAUUAUGAAACUUGAUUGCAUUUUGGCAGUGGUACAGUAUAGUUUGUGUAAAACAUCUUUUAGGGUAUGUCAUACCUUGUGUAGGCAAUUGUGCAGAAGAAAAGUCCUGUAUGUUCAAUGAGAUCUCGAGUAUGGUGAUUUUGGUUCCCAUCAUAUGUUGAAAAUAUCAUCUAGUAACUUUCAAAUGAUGGAUGACAUAAUUAUCUUUGUCAUUUUCUGGCAAUGACACUCCAUCAGAGAUGUUUUAAACAUAAUAUACUUAUUUUUUACUUUUGAGUCCUCAGUUUAUGUACAUUUGAAAAUAAAAUAUUUUUGGACUAAUGUUUAUUUGUACUUUUUAUAAUAUUUGAUGGUGGAUCAUGUCAAGGUAAAUGGCCUGGAAUGAUACAAAUUUUGAAAUACUGUAAUUCUAAAAGCAGAAUAUUUAAACUAAAUCAAAGUUUAUUAUUUAACAGAACAUUAAAACUUAGUCAUGUUGUCAAAUUUAAAAGAAAUCAAGAGUUUUUGAAGCAGAAUACACAGUUUGUGCCCUGUUUAAUACCAAAUUCACUGCCGCUAAAUGUUUUUCCAAGCAAGCUACAAUUUACAUGUUUCGGCUGUUUCCGAAUACAUAUCAGACAACAGAAACCUCUUUCUGCAUUAUUUCAAGGAAACGAAACAUACAUAUAGAACUGCACGUCUUGUGCCGAGCAAAAUAUGCCAGGAGUAUUCAUGAAUGCCACAGCUCUUUAAUAUUCGUCUUUGAAAGGACAGUUUUGGCAAACAGACCAAAAUUGGUGGUAUAAUUUACUAUGUAACCUAGUGGCUAGGUAGUCAAUGAAAUGCCAGAAGAUGGUUUUUCUUAAGCUAUUAAAUAUUGUACGUGAAGUACAGCAUUUAUAAUGAAUGACAUAGACCUUUAUUGAAAUUAAAAUCAGCAGUGACAUUUGGACCAAGCUGUUUAGUUAUAUUCCAACAAGGCAGCUUUUUGCUUCCGAGAGUAGACCUAGCAUUUCACUGUAUCCGUCAAUGUGUGUCAUGUUUUGAGUAGUAACUAGCUAAGACUUCAGUGACAGAAAAGUUCCCUUGUAUUAUAUAAUGAAAAAAAGCCAGUUGCAGGUUAGGUUUAGAUAGGUCUUCCUUUAUAUACAGCGCAUUACAGUAUAUGUUUAACUCCAAUAUUGUAAAUAGUUUCCAUUGUAGAUGUAUUUCUGCAAAAAUGUACCAUUACACUUUUAAAAAUGAUUCAUGGAAUUUAUGUUUCAACAGAGAGAUCCCAUGCAAUAUAACUAUCCUGUCUGUUAUUGAUA